AUGUCGUCUUCCAUUUUGCUGGGUAAUCUUGUCCAAACUCGCUGGGAUUCGCUAUGCCGGGAGUGGAAAGAGGCCCUGGUGAUGUAUGGAACCGCCCUGACUAAACUGCAGCGCGCAGAGAGGCUAUUUAGAGCAAAAUCUUCCUCGGAUAUUGUGAAAGAGCAUGCAAAUGUUGGUCAUACGAAUUGGGACCCGAUGAACCAACCAGAAAACCUCCUGUUGGAGAUUGAGAGCGGUAUCUUGAUCCGCGAAGUACAGGAAGACAUCGCAUCCGAGAUGAGGAGCCCAGAGGGAGGAAAUAAUUCUGUGAUGCAGCUCAACAUGGGUGAAGGAAAGUCGUCCGUCAUUGUUCCUAUUGUCGCUGCAUAUCUCGCGGAUGGCUGCAAACUCGUGCGCGCUGUUGUUGGAAAGCCACAGUCCAAGGAACUGCGACGAACGCUCAUCUCCAAGCUGGGCGGUCUUCUCAGUCGUCAGAUCUUUUACAUGCCUUUCAACCGCUCAUUGCGACUCACUGCAAGCGAUGUCAAGAGACUCAAUCGGCUCUACCGACGAUGUGUUGAACAGGGUGGCAUUCUACUCGUGCAGCCCGAGCACAUUUUAUCAUUCAAGCUUAUGACUAUCGAGUACCAUUCGUUGCCGGACGGAAACAGCGCGACUGAAGCUCUUGUUGAUCUCCACCACUUCUUCCAGUCCAAUUCUCGCGAUAUCGUGGACGAGAGUGACGAGAACUUCAGCCCGAAGUUUGAGCUCAUCUACACCAUGGGAGAGCAGCGCCCGAUAGAGCUCAGCCCAGAGCGUUGGAUUAUACUGCAACGCCUUUUGGAUGUCGUUCUUGAUGUCACCCCAUCAGUGCAGCAAAACAUGCCUGAGGGCAUUGAGAUUACGCAUCGUAGCUAUGGCCGAUUCCCUCGCACACGCAUUCUUCGUGCUGAAGCCGGCGCGCAGCUCCUCCGCGAAAUUGCGAGGAGGAUUUGCUGCACAGGCCUUCCAGGUUUGCCUAUCGGCCGACAGAGCGACAAGAUGAGAGCGGCAAUUUUCGACUAUAUUAUCGAGGAAAAUGUCUCCGCAGACCAAGUUGCACUGGUGGAAACGAAUGACGGCUUCUUUACUGAUUCAAUCAAGGAGCCGUUGCUCUUGCUGCGUGGCCUCAUGGCAGGCAGAGUGCUGCUUUUUGCGCUCCGACAGAAAAGAUGGAGAGUAAACUACGGCUUGGAUCCAAACCGAACACCGACUACAAGACUGGCGGUGCCGUACAGGGCAAAGGACAGCCCAUCAACGAGAGCAGAGUUUAGCCACCCGGACGUGGUUAUUCUGUUGACUUGCUUGAGCUCCUAUUAUGCAGGCUUAACCGACGAGGAACUGUUUAUAGCCUUCAAUCAUGUGGUACGAUCCGACCAGGCAGAGAUUGAGUACCAGCAAUGGGUCGCAAAUGCACCUGAGCUACCGAGCUCGUUCCAUAGCUUGAACGGAGUCAACCUAAAAGACGUGGACCAGGUCACUAGAGAAGUGUUUCCUCACCUCCGACAGGCAAAGAGUGUGGUUGACUAUUACUUGUCCCAAAUGAUCUUUCCAAAAGAAAUGAAAGAGUUUUCGCAUAAGCUCUCGUCUUCAGGUUGGGACCUUGGCGCUCAGAAAUCCCACGCGACGACCGGGUUCAGCGGUACAAACGACUCGCGCCACGUUUUACCCCUUGACGUGAAGCAACUCGACAUCCAAGACCAGCUGCACACCAAUGCCUUGGUCCUCGAAAAUCUUCUCCGGCCAGAAAACACGGUGCAACUGCUGCGUUCUUCCAAGGGCAUUCAGGGCUCCGAGACAGACCGCCUGCUUGCAUUCGCUGCGGCCAUUGAAAACGAAGUUCAUGUUAUUUUGGAUGUUGGCGCUCAAGUACUGGAGCUCACGAACAUUCAAGUGGCCAAGAGAUGGCUGGAACUUCUUCCUGUGGAGCAGAAACAUGAAGCUGUCGUAUUUUUCGAUGAUGAUGACGAGACCUGUGUCAUUGAUCGCAAAGGAGUUGUUGAGAGACUGCAGACGUCGCCGUACGCCGAGCAGCUGGAUCGUUGCCUUGUGUUCCUGGACCAGGCACACACUCGAGGAACGGAUUUGAAACUUCCAGAAGGUUACAGAGCUGCGGUGACUUUGGGACCAGAUCUCACAAAGGACAGACUCGUGCAAGCAUGUAUGCGGAUGCGGAAACUCGGUCAUGGGCAGUCAGUCGUAUUCUGCAUCUCAAGCGAGAUGAAGGCUCGCAUUCAUCUGGCCACGAACAAACCAUCAGACAGCGAAGUUGCGGUAGCUGAUGUCCUAAUGUGGGCUAUCUCCGAGACUCACGCCGAUUUACAAAGACUGAUGCCGCUCUGGGCGAUUCAGGGAGCCCGGUUCUACAGCCAGAAAACUACCUGGGACAGUACUACCACGGAAAAUGGGAUCACACUGACGCAGGAGCUCGCGGAUAAUUUUCUCGAAGAAGAGGCGCAGACUAUAGAAUACCGCUACCGACCAAAGCCGCAAAUCAACGAUACCGAUGAAAUGCUGUCCUCGUUUGCGCGACUCGGGCUCGGAGAAGACCAAACUGAAUCGUUGCAUGCGAUUCAACAACGCUGUGACGACUUUGGCGUGUCGCGCUUCCAUUCGGAAGCGCUGCAGGAGGAGCAGGAGAAGGAACUUGCACCCGAGGUUGAGCAGGAGCGCCAGAUCGAGCGGCCACCGCCUAUGUCUCCCGCUAAGCACGAGCUGCAUCCGGACCUGAAAAGCUUUGUGGCGACAGGAAAUAUCCCAUCGAAGACCGCCGCGUUACACCCAGCAUUCUUAGCCCUCAUGAGCACAACAGUGGCGGAAUGGAUCGACUUGCACCAGUUCCCGGAUGACUUGCUCGUCACGGCCGACUAUGCGCGGACGGUCCUGCUGCCCACGCGCGGCGGACUCGCAGACUCUUUUCAGCGGCCUGUCCAAUACAUUCUCACCGGCUGCGACGCUAGCAGAGCAAUCGUCAUCAGCCCGCACGAGGCGCAAGAGCUCCUGCCGCUGCUGACACGGCCGUCGGUAUCGUCGCGCGUGCGCCUCCAGCUGUACGCGCCGCGGACGACGCUCGGCCUGGAGCCGCUGGACGCGCUUCGCCUCUACACGGUCCCGGAGACGGUCGUCCCGGAGACGCCGGCGGUAUCAGACCGCCUGCGCUUGCUGCUGAACCUGUUCGCCGGCCAGCUCUACUUUGCCUCGUUCCGCGACUACGCCGACACGUGCGACCUGCUGGGGCUCGCGUGGCAGCCACGCACCGACGGCGUCACGGUUGAGACGGACGGCUUCAUCGUCGGCGGCGAGGGGGCUGCGUUUGAGAGAAGUCCGGUGCAGGGCAUCAGGUUGCUACUGACGACGCUGCGACGCGACGGUCGGGAUAUCGGCAAGACGCAUUGGGGUCGUAUCCUCGGGGGUGAGUUUUUGACCGAGGCGGACUUUGAGGCGUGA